AUGAUCCUCAAUAAUGUAAUUCUGCCUUUGCAGGACGAAUCGAAACAAUGGGAUAUACAAGUAGAUGGUGGAAAGGUAUCAUCCAUGAAGCCGUCCACCGAUGUAUCGCCAAACCCUAGCAUUCUGCUCCCCUCUCUCUGUCAUCCUCAUAUCCAUCUCGAUAAACCAUACCUCCUAACAUGUAACCACUCCUCCUCGGAAUCUCAUCCAGACUACUCGGAUCUCGUCCCAAAAACAGGCAGUUUCGCCGAAGCUCUAUCCAACACAGCUGAAGCAAAGAAACGCUACACCCCAGAAGAUUUGUACCUUCGAGGAUCCCAACUCUUGGCCACAAGCUACACUCAAGGUGUCUCAAGCUUGAGAGCCUUCGCCGAGAUUGACCAUGUCACGAAGCUGCAAACUCUCAAGACAGCAGUCGAUCUGAGCAAGGAAUUUGAAGGGUUCGUUGAUCUGCAGAUUUGUGCUUUUGCACAGGAUCCCAUCUUUUCGACUGAGCAUGGCGAUGAAAAUCGAAAAGUUCUACAGAAAGCUCUGGAUGAGCCUUAUAGCGAGAUCGAGGUUCUUGGAACAACGCCUUAUGUGGAAGAGAAUAAAGAAAUGUCCAAGAAAAACAUUCGGUGGGCGAUUCAGAUGGCCCGAAAAUACGGUUUGCAUCUGGACUUUCAUAUCGAGUUCAACUUAAAUCAAGAGGGCGACGUUAUGGAAUACUUCAACUACAUCAUCGAUCAACUUGUUGAAAGCGACUGGCCUACACAUACCGACACCAAAACUGUCGUUCUUGGACACGCGACAAGAUUAACACUGGCUUCCAAUGAACAAUUCGCGGCGCUCUCCCGUAGGAUCCGAGAAACAGAAUUGCCAAUCUACUUUGUCGGACUGCCUACCAGCGAUGUGUUCAUGAUGGGCAGGCCAGCUUCCGACCGUGUUGAAGAGCAGCCGAGACCACUUGAUCGUCAAUGUGGUACUCUGAAUGUACCCAAGAUGAUCCAAGAGUACGGACUCAAUGCCUGUCUGUCUGUGAACAAUGUUGGCAAUGCUUUUACUCCAUAUGGUACAGGAGACCCUCUGGGAGUAGCGAGUUUGGGGGUUGGGCUUUUUCAUGCUGGUAGGAUUGAGGAUGCCAAACUGCUUUAUGAAGCGGUCAGUACUCGUGCAGAGGAAGCGAUCGGCCUUGAAGCUUAUUCCUAUGUUAGAGAGCGAAAGCCUUUACGAUCUAUGCUCUUGUUCAAAAACGAAGAGGAUAUGGAGAUACAAUCGCCACAAGGUAAGAUGAUAAAGGUUCCAGCUAGACCAAGGUUAUCUAUCAAGGACAUUGUUUGGGAUCCGCCAGAGACAAAGCUUAGAAGACUUAUUCCUUAA